UCACACCUGAGGCUACACCUCCGACACCAGAACCAGCUGAUGAUGCCUCCAUCGCUGAUAUUGCCUUGACUGAAGAACUUUUCAAUACUUAUACUUUAUUUAAUGAUUUGUAUAGAAUGUUAGUAGAAUAUAUAUAAUGCUAGAAAUACUAAUGUAAUAAAUAAAUGAACUUAUAACUUUAUAACUAAACUCGGCCUCAUGUGGCAUUAAUUUAAGUCGUUGAGCCUGAACAGACCACGGAGAAGUCUUCUGUCUGAUUAGGAAGUGGGCGUCUCCGUCACAUUCAGCACUUCAUGUUAAACAUGUAACCAGGAAAGAAACACUCAAAACUCAUCUGAACACACAUCGAGAGCUUCAGAAGAACUGAAUCUACUGACAACAGAGAAGAUCAUUUAAUAAGAGAGAAGAAUGAAGAUCAUCUUGACUUUCACUCUGCUGAUGAUUCCUGGAGUCGUGAGCUCCAUCAGUGUGACGGGAUAUUCAGGAGGAGGAGUCACGAUCAAAUGCAAAUAUGAUGAAGGAUAUACAGCAAAUGAAAAGUUUUUUUGUAAAGGACAGUGGCCAGAGUGCAUAAACCAAAUCUGGACUGAUGAGAAAGAUAAAUGGGUUUAUGAUGGAAAUUUCUCUCUGUAUGACGACACAAGAUCAGCAGUCUUCACUGUGACCAUCAGAAAUCUGAGUGAAGAGGAUUCUGGGACGUACCGGUGUGGAGCUGAUAUAUAUGGAAGAUAUUUCUACUCUAAAGUGAAUCUGAAGGUUAUAAGAGAUCAACCAAUCAGGAGUGUGAGAGGAUAUUCAGGAGGAAACGUCAUUAUAAACUACAAAUAUGAGAUGAAACACAAGAACCAUGUGAAAUAUUUCUGUAAAACUGCAGCAGAUCAAUGUUUUACUGUAAUAAACACUAACAGAGCAGCAGGAUGGGAACAGGACAGACGAUUCUCCGUUCAGGAUGACAGAUCUGCAGGUCUCUUACGUGUGUUUAUCAGAGAUCUGAAUGAGAACGACUCUGGAGAAUAUCAGAUUACAGUCAAAGUUUCUGAAGAAUACAGUUUCUUCUCUGAGUUUAAUCUGAUCAUCAGAGACGAUGAUUGUUGUGUGAAGAGCAUCAGUCUAUCAGCUGCUGCAGGAGGAUCUGUGAACAUCAGCUGCAAAUACCCACAAUCCCACAUUAGUGAUGUGAAGUUUCUCUGCUGGAGAUCUGGAGCUGAUCUCUGUGCUGAAGAGACGUCUGUGAAGGAGAGCAGAAGAUGGAGUCCUGAGGGAAAGAUCCAGCUGUAUGAUAACAGAGAAGAGCAGCUCCUGACGGGAAGCAUCAGUCAUGUGACUGAACAAGAUUCAGAAUACUGGUGUGGAGUUCAGUCUGAUCAAGGACACAAGAGCUUCAUCACACGAGUCCUGAUCCAUGUUACAGAAACAUCAUCAUCAUCAUCAUCUUCUUCAUCAUCAUCAUCUUCAUCAUCAUCAUCAUCAGUUGAAUCUCAACAUCUGAGAAUGUGUAUAAAGUGAUUGAUUUAUCUGGUCAGACAGAUGUGCAGUAAACAGAGUUCAAGAUUAACAUUGAGCACCAAAUACUGUCUAAACAGAUGUUGCUGAAACAUUUUACAUUUUUUUUUUGCUUUUUUUUUUUUUUUUUUUUUUUUGCUUUUUGUUGUAUUAUUUUUAGUUUUUGCUUGCGGCAGUUGCUCACUUGUGGAUUUAAGACAGUAAUUUGUGAUUUUCUGUAAAGCUGUAAAUGACUGGUCACACAGAUUCCUCUGUAGUUAUUAGGGUCUGUUUUGUCUCCACUUUUGAAGAUGGGAGAGAUGAACCCUGUACUCCAGACCUCUGGAAAAACACCUGAACUCAGAAUCAAGUUAAAGACUUUGAGCAAUGCAUUCGGUUCAGGAGAGCUCUUUUUAAGCAUCUCGUUUUUUAUUUUGUCAGGGCCACAGGACUUAUUAUAUUUGAGGGACUUCAGUUUUCCACUAAAUUCUUGUUGGAUUAUUGGAUAGUGGAUUUUGGUUGUUUUUGAUGCAUGACUCAAGAACGUUCAGUUUCUCAAGGACUUUUAAAGGUGCCCUAGAUUCAAAAAUUGAAUUUACCUUGGCAUAGAUGAAUAACAAGAGUUCAGUACAUGGAAAUGACAUACAGUGAGUCUCAAA